UAAAUCUUUCACAGCCACUUCCUGGUGCUGUUUGUUGUGGAAAUACCGUGGAACUGAAACAGCCAACUGUACAGAUCAGGAACAAGGAAGACACGUCGCUACUAGCUAGAAUAAAUCUUUGAAGCAUGCGGUAUCAGCGGUAGGUAACAGGCUGAAAGGUUGAACUAGUUACGAACCUCUCGUUGCUUCCGAACGCAAGCUUGGUCUGGAACAGCAAAGCCGGUGACGCGAGCUGUCGCGAUGUUGUAAACCAUGGACAGCAGAAUAAACGAGUUUCCCGAGAGGACGUUUGACUUGGUGCUACAGGUUGCAUGCCCAACAUCUGAAAAUGAAGAUCCUACCGUGCAGUGGAGCUUCCCCCAGGACUACACAGACCAGGAGGUUCUCCAGACGGUGCCCAAGUUCUGCUUCCCCUUCGAUGUGGAGAGGGUUUCCCAGAGGCAGGUGGGACAGAAUUUUACCUUUGUGCUGACGGACAUCGAGAGCAAGCAGAGGUUUGGCUUCUGCAGACUCACGUCCGGCUGCCGCGUCUGCAUCUGUCUGCUCAGUUAUCUGCCCUGGUUUGAGAUCUAUUACAAGCUCCUGAACACGCUAGCAGAUUACCUAACCACAAACCAGGAGAAUGAGCUGAAUGACAUGCUGAACUCUCUGUACAGUCUGCCGGUGCCAAAGCCCUUCACCCCCGUCAACCUGAGUGUGACAGCACUGUUGCAUAUAGCCACUGGGCAAGUACUGAAAGAUGCACCAAGCCAGCAGCCGCACUCCUACUUCAUAACACCAGAUAUCAACGGCCUGCCCACCAUCCCCGAGAGUAGGAACCUGACAGAGUAUUUUGUGGCGGUGGACGUCAACAACAUGCUACAGCUGUACGCCAGCAUGCUGCACGAACGACGCAUCAUCAUUACCUCAAGCAAGCUUAGCACUUUAACAGCGUGUGUCCACGGUUCAGCUGCCAUGUUGUACCCCAUGUACUGGCAACACAUUUACAUCCCUGUACUGCCUCCACAUCUUCUGGACUACUGCUGUGCCCCCAUGCCAUACCUGGUAGGAGUUCAUCUCAGCCUGCUUGAGAGAGUGCGUAGCAGGUCGUUGGAGGAUGUGGUGAUACUAAACGUUGACACCAACACACUAGAGAGUCCCCAGAAUGACCUGCAGAACCUCCCCAGUGACGUGCUCCACUCUCUGAAGAGUAAGCUGAAGAAGCAGUCGACAGCAACAGGAAGUGGAGUAGCGAGGUCCUUCCUCCGAGCUCAGGCUGCUCUGUUUGGAUCCUACAGAGACGCCCUCCGAUACAAACCUGGGGAACCAAUCACAUUCUGCGAGGAGAGUUUUGUGGCUCACCGCUCCAGCACCAUGAAACACUUCCUGGAGAUGGCUGUCAACCUGCAGCUCUUCAAACAGCUUAUUGACGGCCGUCUGGCCAAGCUGAACGCGGGAAGAGGCUUCACUGACCUGUUCGAGGAGGAGAUCACUGAGGGGGGUUUCUGUGGAAGUAAUUCCAAGUCUUAUCAACAGUGGGUGCACACCGUCAAGAGAGGCGGAGCACUGAUCAACACUGCGGUGACUAAGAGAGGCGGAGCGCUGAUCAACACUGCGGUGACUAAGGCCAAGAGUCAUGCCAAGAGGGGCAUUCGCAGGCUCAAACAAAGGGAAGAGGAGGAGGGUAGGCCGAUCUGUUCAGGGUCUCCCACCAGCACCAAGAGUCUUUCACCACGGAGAAUGGAGAAGAAGAGACAGCAUUAUGACACCAAGUGUCCCAUGGGAUGUCCUGACUUUGCCAUCGAUGGUGAUGAAGAGGACACCACCAACAAGAUCUCCUCUGAGGACAGUGGGGAGGUGGCGUCUUACACAGAGGACAGCGACGAAUCCUAUUCGCUGGAGUUGGACACAGACCCCUCCCACACGGGCCAGAUGAACUUAUUGGAGGAGAUCCUGGACUCUCUGAGCACCACCAGUACAGAGCAGGGCAAACUCAGCGCCGCCAAGAGCCUGGACUUCAGUUCAAUGGACAACAUCAACUACAAGGCAACGAACACGUCGAACCCCACCAGUGAGAGCAACCUGCCCCACGUGUGUACUAGUGGCAGUGGGGUGGUGGGGAGAGGAGGUGUUGGAGGAGGAGAACAGGGAGGGGGCUGGCAGGACGACGGUGCCCUCCACGGGAAGCACCUGCCCCCCUCCCCGCAUAGACAGCCCAGCAAGAGCAGCCUCAAGAGGCAGAAGCAUAUCCCCUCAACAUCCUCUCCUCCCGUCCUAGCUCCAGCCUCAGCGCAGGACAACCAUGUCCCCAAUCUCCAGCCCAAGACCCAGCAUAAAAUCCAACCUAAUCCCCAGGCCCUUUAUGUCACACCCCCUAUCUGUCUCUCUCAGCUCUGUCCAGGGGAGUCUUCGCUCCCCACACCUCCAUCACCAUCCCUGGGAGACCACCACAUCUCAUCCAACCGCUCUCCAGCACCAACUUGUGCCUCCACACGCAAUCCUCCACUGGCAACACACACACCACCGCUAACCCACACUAGAGAGUCCCCAAACCCCCAGUUGCUCAGCCCUGAGUCCAAACCCCAGACCACCUCCAGCAUCCUGCGGAGGAAGGUGCUGUCCAAGGAAACGAUGAGGCAGUACCAGGACAAGAAUCUCCAGAAGCAGGGCAGCAAGAACCGAGAGAGUCUGGGGGUGAAGGCCAGGCAGCCUUCAGUGCUGGUGCCCUGGGAGAGAGAGAGCCCAGAGGAGAUGGGUCAGGGAGAGGACCUGGAGCUGUGGCAAGAACAGGGCAGGGUCUCGGGGGCAGAGGUCCAGGAGAAAGGACUUCUGGAGGAGAUAGAUUCCAUGUGUCAUCUCGGAUCAGACUUUCAGACCAGCCUACAACUGUCCCAGGUUCACUGCAAAACCAACAACACACAUGAUAAUACCCAUGACAACAACCACAGCCACAGCAAAGCCACAGACAAGUCUUGAGACAGAAGCAGGGACAGGGACAAGGGACAGGGGUGGUUGAGGUAGAAGUUGCCUCUAACCACAGAUCUACAAUCAGACUGCCCUCCUCAAAUCCUAACCUUAACCACUGAGGGAAGAAAUGCAAAAACAGACCUUGGACCGCAGGAAUUCACAGUGACACUGCCAGGGAACUGGAAAUGAUGCGUGUGUUCGCCCUGAUACGACUCUUUGACUUACACUUGUUUUUUUUCCUCUCUUCCUGCCAAGUUUAGGUGUCUCAGUUGAAGACCGGUCAUCUUGGUUCUCUUUCUAACAUGAUACAUAAUUCAAACAAACCGUCUUAUAAAUGAAACACAGACUUACCAUGUAAACAAAGGGACAUCUGUGAUGGAUUUUCACUUGCAUGAAAUGGUACUUAUUACUCAUUUGCAUGGUACUAAAAGAUGAGUGUGUUUUAAUUAAUAGAGAAAACAUUUAGUUUUCCUCAGAUCUGAAGGUAUUGUAAAGACACAAAGGAACCCCCCCCCGCGACCUAAGUAACUGUUCUGCUGGAAAGUUGCCUAACACGAUGCCUUAAACAGAGCUGUGAUUUGCUGUUGGCACGGCUCAGUCUUAAAAUGUGUAAUAUAUAUAUAUAUAUAUAGCUGUUACUCUGGAAAUGUUUGAUCUGCUUAGAUCCACUAUCACAUGUCAUGAAUGUGGAAAAUGGACAGCUUUUUCACAGCACGUAGAGAUAGUAAAGGUAGUUUAAUAUAUGUUGCUCAGUUUAGUCUAUUUAGAUAGGGGGUUUUCUCAAGUGUUUGUUUCUCAGGAUGCUCCUGUUUGUCAGGACAUAAAGGAGAAGAGGAGUUGUGUAAACCAAUGAUAGGAAUGAAUAGACAAUCCUCUCACUCCUUCUCUCACUCCUUCUCUCACUCUUUCUCUCUCUCUCUCUCUCUCUCUCUCUCUCUCUCUCUCUCUCUCUCUCUCUCUCUCUCUCUCUCUCUCUCUCUCUCUCUCUCUCUCUCUCUCUCUCUCUCUCACACACUCUGUCUGUUUUUCUCUCCAUCUCUCCAUCUCUCUCUCUCACUCUGUCUGUUUCUCACUCUGUCUGUUUCUCUCCAUCUCAUUCUGUCUGUUUCUCUCCAUCUCUCUCUCUGUUUCUCUCCUUCUCUCCACUUCUUCCUGCUCGCCUUCAUUCACCUUUCCUUGCUCACCAUCUUACAACAUCUCUUUCCAUCCUCCUCUCUCUUCUGUCCUUCCCCCUGGUUUUUGGAGGCUGACAGCUAAAAUGGAGGCUGACAGCUAAAAUGGAGGCUGACAGCUAAAAUGGAGGCUGACAGCUAAAAUGGAGGCUGACAGCUAAAAUGGAGGCCAGUAGAGUUGAGUGGGAUUUCACAAACUAAAAUCGUUGCUAUGUGCGCACACCAAAUGAAAUGCAAGCUUUCUUCUAAACACUGAGUUGACGUUUUCACACUGUGUUUUACCAGAAGGCUUGAGAUGAUUGUAGAAGGAUAACAAAGCAAUACGGCUCUCCUCAGAGAGUAUGAACAGACGUCUGAAGUGAUUUUUAAAACAAUCUCCCAUGGAGAGAAUGCAAGCCCUUUGGGUAAUGUCCAGAGAUUGUGACCACUCACUAUAGUACCACUAUAGUACAUACAGACAGAAUAAAGUAUUUUCCAGCUCUUGUUUGUGGUUAUGUUAUGUUAUGUUGAUGAGUUUAGCCAGUUUUCUCUAGUGCUGUUGGGUGUGCCAAUUUACCGGUAGCCCUCGCUCCCUCCCUGAGUGCCGGGCUGUGCUAACGAUGAGGUUGUAAAGCGUUCGCCGUGGUUCUAAGAAGUCCCUCGUCUCAGCUAUUCAUUUGGAUUUGAAAGGGCCCCGUGUACAAUUUGUUGGCCUGUUUCAUUUCACUCCCCAAAAUGUUACCUAUUUGGAUAGUUUUGAAGUUUGAAAGCUGUCAAUAUACUAUGCAAAAAAAACACAUUUAAAGUUUCCAAAUUCUGAAUAGAAUUUUACUUUACCACUAUUCAUGAAUUGUAAUCAGAUCAGGUAAUUGAUAAUCAUAUUUGUAAAUCCAUUGAUUAACUGAUGGUUUCAUUAGAUUAUCUGUCAUUUGAUCAAAAUGUGGGUUUGUGUGUAAGAAUGAAGGGCGUGCCUUACAGUAUAUGAGUAAUACUUAGUGUGGUCAACACAAGGUAUUAGGGAGAAAAUGCCAUUGCUAAUGUAUCUUUAAUCUGCUAUAUGUAACUUUUUGGGUGACCUGACACAAUUCAGAGUUAUAGAUCUUUCAUUCUCAUUGAAAGCCAGUCUAAGAAGCGGUAGAUCUGUUCUAUGUGCUCUAUUUCUAUGCUUAGUUUAUGGGUCUUUUACUUUCGAUUUUGUACACCAGCUUCAAACAGCUGAAAAUACAAUAUUUUUAGUUAAUGAGAAGAUAUUUCACAGCGGUUUAGAUGGUAUAAUGAUUCUCGUUGUUUUUUCGUGAACUGUUAGAAUUUUAGGAACCAGGAAAUGGAGGAAUGAUUUCCGCAUAGUGAAUCUUUUAAAGUGGUCAAGUCCUCUCAACAUUUCAGUAGCUAUUGUCUGCAGUGUAUAUGCAUGGAAAACCACUGGUUCGCUCAGUGAUGAGACUCAGAGCUUAAACCACAUCCUUAAAUGUAUGUUGUCAGUUCUUUAACCUGUGAAACAGAGUUCAACCUAUUUGAUCUACUAGACGCUGUCAUUCUAUCUCUGUUUUCCAUGUCCAUGUGUGCUCGUAGUGUUUUUCUCUUUGCUAGUAUUUCAAUGAUCUUUCUGACUGAGCUCACAAAAUAGAGAAUGAUCUUGCUAUUUCUUUGUUGGAAGAUGUUCUCUAUGUAGUUAUAUUUCAAGCUUUGUUUCAGAAUGAUGAAAUAUUAUUUUCAAUGAUUGGACAUGUUUUUUUUCUUCUGAUUACAGUAUUUUAAAAGGAGUUUAAUAAUAUAUAGUAUAUUGUAUCAUGAUUCACAGAACAAACACCUAAAAUGUUAUUGUUGUUGGAACUUAUUUUGGGGAAAAGAGGCAUUUUUUUCCAUCCAGUCACUCAGCACGUUACAGUAUUUCAGUUCAUGAGGUGGCAGAAAUUCUUGCAAUGAAUUCACUUUAUUUUUCAGUUUUUGUUAUACAUAUAUGAAUGUCUUUUUAAAUUCAAUUUUUUUUUGUUUUUUUCCUUCAAAAUAUUACCCAUGCUCUGCUAAUCUUAUUUUGUUGUUGAAUGUUUUUUUCCAUUAAUCAAAUCAAAUGGAGAAAAAAAAGAUGGUGUCAGGUCCGGUAGUAUUGUCCAAUAUCCAUCCUUGCCUUGCAAACAUGGUGUUGAAAUACUGUACUUAGUAGUUAUUUUAUUAUCAAACUGAAUUUAUUUCUCAUGUACUACAUGACUACUGUAUUUAACUGCUGUGGAUUGUGAUGGUUUACUUGAGCAAUGUCUUCCUAACACAGUCGGCGAGGAAUCCUGUGUGGCUGAUUAUCAGUGUACUGAAAAGCUGGUAUUUGUAUGACUGAAUGUCUGGUUACUGUCUCACUGCUUACAUGCUGAUGCAGAAGAAAACAGGAUAAAAGCUGACAGCUUCUAUUCUCUUAUGCUAUGAUUAAAUGUCCCUUUUUCCUAAUACCCAUGUGAUAUUAAAGAUCAAAACCACUGUUUGUCAAGAAAACUAACGGAGGCAUAUCACUUGUCUUUUAAAACGUCCAUUUAGUGACUGACAGUACUGAGAGUGACGCAGUUCAUUCAUUCACCUUGUUCACUGGUCCCUAGACAUGGUACUGUAAUGAUUUGAAUAUGCCGUGUACAACCUACUGAAGUCUAGUGUGUGCAAACUUACUUGACAUGGUACUGUAACUUACUUGCAUGUUCUCAAUGCAGAGAAAAAAACAUCAUAUAGGUGAAUGUAACAUGCUAUGGACUUAGUGGUACAACUUUAUCCUCUGUGAACUUUAACAUUCAUUAUGUUCAUGUAUAUGGAACAUUUUCCUGUAUUCCAUUUUCAAUUAUAUCUCAAUAAAUAAUACAUAAUAUUACGAAAGGUCA